AAGGACGCCAUUACGCUGUAGACUCACACUCCACUGAUACUCCUUGACUAUCAUACAAAUAUUGGUUGAUUUUAGAAGAAAUCAUAAACUGACUGAACGUUGGUACUGGAGUUAGAGAUGUCGACCCGUCCUCACGCAAGGGGUCAUCGGGGUGGUGGACGAGGGGGGUAUGGUCAGCGGGGAGGGGGCGGCCACUGGGCUGGUCAUCGUGGAGGUCAUCGAGGCGGAAGAUCGGAGUACUAUCAACAAAACCACGGGGUCAGGUCACCUCGACCCUUCCAGCGGCAGCCCGAUCCAGAGAAACUGUUUGCUUCACUGGGACCUGAUGCUCAACUGGCUCUUACAACAGCAAUUAUCAAUUCUGUGCUAAAAACUUCCGAGGAUAAAGAGGGACGUGGCUCAUUCCGGGAGAACCGUGACCUAAACUACCGUCAUCAGAGGGAUAAUCGCCGUGAAGGCCGGGGAGGCUAUUACAGGGAGGAGAUGCGACCGCGCAGACAAUAUGCUGAGGCCCGCAGAUAUGAAACCAGGUGGUACAACGAGGAGGGGCGGGGCCAUCACUAUGAACGAGAGAAACCCUCUGCUGGCCCCCCUCGCUACCGAUAUGGCAACAGAUACCCUGGCCCAUCCAAGAGGCGGCCCUCACCCCACGGCCACCCUGGGCCUACAUACAAGCGACAGAGAAUGGAGAGGUUCGAAACAGGUGAAGGUGACGGUGUACCUCGCCGAGAAGUUGAGUUUAUGGAGGAGGGCGGCGGCGAGGAGAACGAGAGGUCGCGCGAUCGCGAGCGUCACAGUUCUCUUCCCGAGGAGGAUCGUAGCAGACGGGAUGUUGGCGGCGGCAGCGGCGUUGGGGGAAGCAAGGAGAACGACGUUGGCCCCAGCGGUGUUCAGGUGACCAUCCGAGCCGACGGGGAGCGAGCGGUCAACAGCGAGGGGCACGUGCGGCGAGUAGCCGGAAGACUCUUUGUAGAAUUGCGAUGCCCACAUUGUCCAAAUCAGAAAUCUAUUACUUUUAAGGAAUACAAAUUACACUUGGUAAGUGACCAUCACAAGACACAGUUGAAUCGACUUGCCAGGAAACAUUCGGUGGUGUUGCGUAAAAUACGUAUCCAACAAAGGCAGGAACAGAAGGAGAUUGAAGCUAAAUGGAGAGAGGAAUAUUCUGAAGAAUUUCAAACAGAAGUUUCAAGAUUCUGUGGUACUUGCAAGUUGGCAUAUAAAUGCUUGGGCAGCAAUAGCAGUGAAGGCAGUAGUAUCCACAAUCGUAGUAAGCUGCACAGGAUGCAGCGGCACUACCUUCAUCCGCGGUGUGGCCUCUGCCGCAUUACCUUUCCCAGCCGUAUGGUCUAUGAGCACCACAUCGCCUCAAUCAACCAUCUCAGGGUUAGGACAGCCACAAUUGACAACCAGGGUGGUAGUCGCCGUAGUGAUGACCACAAUCAUGAAGAAGAUGGAGAUGAUCUGGACUUGGCCAACUUUAUGACUCUUGAUUCAGUGGGAGAAGAUGAUGAUGAAGUUGGGUCAGAACAUGAGGAAAUAACUGGAGGGCUGGAUGCUGUUGAAGCGGCAGAGGAAGAAGCAGCUACAGCAGAGGAUGACGAGGAUGAUUUGGAAGAUUCUCCCAUAGAGAGGAAGAGAGAAGGACAUAGCUCUUCACGGCGAGAUAAAGGUUCGGGGUAUGAUAGAGAGCAGAGAGAUGAGUCACAAGGGAAACAAAACAGAGGGCUAGAAGAGGAAGAUGAUGAUGAUGCUCAGCUGGAGAGUGACUGGGAGAAGGAGCAACCAGAGGAUGAAGAAGAAGAAGGACGUAAGCCACUAGGAACUGAGUAUGUUCGUCGUAUUGAAGCGUACUUCUGCAAACUCUGCUACAAGAUUAUCCGUGCCGAUUCUUCUCUUGGUUCACGGGCAGUUCAGCGUCACUGUCGUUCCUUCAACCACCUGUCACACUACUGGGACCAUCACCCGGCACCACUUCAGGAUGAAGAUGCACCUAGUGGGGAUGAAGGGGAAGGGGAAGGUGAAGGUGAAGGUGAAGGUGAUGGUGGUAUUGAAGAAGAUCAAGAGCGGGACAAGUUAUGGGAGGAAGUGGAUAAAGGCCUAACUGCUCUUCAGGGUGAAAUCAUGACCGAAAUAGAGAGUGAAGAUGUCACAGAAGACCAAGACAAGGAGGAGAAAGUCAACGGCACCGAGGUGAAGAAGGAAGAUGGUGACGAGGCCGAUGAAAAAGACAGCAAAGAUGGUAAAGAGGAUGCAGAAGCUGUUGAUGUGGAAGACGAAACUAAAAGUAAGUUGCCAAAUGAAAAGAAAGAAAAUAUCAGCCAUGACUCAAAUUUGGACAAAGAAGCUUGGGAUGAAGUCGGCGAUGACUAUACUGGCUAGAAAUUUGUUGUUUGUGGGUUAUGAAUGGGUGCCGUAAAGGCGUAUGGUUGAGUCUUAUGGUGGUACAGUACAGGAGGGAUGAUGCUACUGUUUGAGCACAAUGAUCAUGUAUUAGAAACAGCCAGUAAUAAAAGAAAGUGCUGGUUCAGUACAGUAUAUGGUAAUACUUUGUGAAAUAAAAGACUGUUAUGAAUGAUUUUAAUCUGUACAUUGUAUGUUUUGUGGGUAACUAAGGCUUAAUGUAGUGUAGUGGCUAAGAACAUUAUUGGGAUUUAUGGAACAAAAUUGUGAAAAAUAGGGACGGGUAAGUGAUGACUGCUGAGUUACCAAAAAUUGGGUACUGUAGUUAAGCCAUUCAACAGUCUUAUUACCAGUUAAAGACAAAUCCUUUACUAAAAUGAAGUUAUUGUGCAAAAUACAGUACAGUACAGUAUUGAGAACAUAUUCACAAUACAAAUAAAAUGACUGAAUUGUUCAUGUGGGUAUUGUUUAACCUCAUUCAUCCCAAUAGGUAAAUUUGAAGUACUGUAUGUUAAGGCAGCUUUUCUUACUAGCAUAAAGAUAAAAGAGAUUGUUUAUCACCAGAAAGUUGUAAUGUAUGAUGAGAAAUCCUUUCUUUUUGUACUGUUAUUGAAUUUUUUUUUUAAGCUGCUACAUUUACCCAUUGAAGUUGUUUGAGGAAAGUUGAGUGAUUGAUAACUUUUUAUCACUGUAAAAUAUUAGUUUCAAAGUAGAAAUGAUAUACAUUUCUUAUGAUUGCUUAAACAAAAAGAUACGCCACCAUGAUGGCAUGAAAUAUUGUAGGUGUUUUUUUUGCACUGCUUCUUGUAUUGUUAUUAUUUUUGAUAAAUGAGUGAUUGUGUGUUGCUCUUAUUGUGCCAUACAGGAAAUGGCUUACAAACAUUAUAAGUUAACAUAAUUCAUCUGUAUCUUAUGAUAGAUAUUUGUAUACAUACUUGUCCAGCAAAGAGAAGAAUCCUUCAUUAAUGUGAUGUAGGUCAGUUUUCUUCUUGACACUGGAAUUAUUUAAUAUUCCAAGAUUUUCUUUAUAUUUACAUUGUAUUUCUUUGUAUUAAAAAUGCUUUUGUUAUGACAGAAGCCCCUGAGAAUAAAUGUAUAAUAAACAAAGGAGUUGUACUUUAAUAUGCAAGUCAUAGAGGUGAAGUAGAAUUAAUAUUAUCCACAUUUGUAUUUACUAUCCACCAGUAUCAGUUAUCUCCAUAUUAUUGUUGUUGGGACGUCAGUGUGAGUAUCAAGUGGAAUUAAAAAGUGGUCGUCUUUCACUUUUGCUGUUACUCUAUGGCCUAAACACAAAGGUAUUAUAAUCAUGGAAUAACUCAGAGAAAUUAUUCAAGUGUGUAAAUGAAUCAUAAGGAGUUAGUCUUAAUAACUACAAGGUAAAGUAAUCCUUAAACACAUUUGGAUUAUGGUGUAAAUAUUUUUUCACCAGCAGAAAGGUAACAUAGGUCUUGGUGGUGACUGUUAGUUGUCUGUAUAAAUUCACAUGCUCAGGAUUGUUCAUGAGCAGAGAGUAGGAGCUGUAUACUGUAAUUUCAGGAUUAAUUAAAUUGAAAUAAGUUAGAUGAUGUUAAGCUCAAAUAUUUGUGGUAAAUCGGUAAAUAAAUAAUGUUAUUUGAUUAUUCAAAGUGAACGUCUAGAUAGGAAAAGUCACUUGAGGAAAAACACCGAUUUAUUCUUUCAUGGUAUAGUAUUAGUGUAUGUUGUUUCAUGCUGUACUUUAUUAUUAUUACUUACAUCAGUGAUAAAUUAAAACUCAUAUUAGACUUAAGUUCAGCUUCAGACAAGCCUUGCAGUUUUGUACUGGACAUACAGACCCCUGAACUUGACCACACGUGGCAUACAGUAUACUGCUUGGAUGUGAAUAAAAAACAAUCUGAACUCUCCAUUAUUGGGUAUGGAGUUGUAGGAUGUUAGCUUAGGUGUUUUGAGAUAUUGAAGAACAUGUUUUGCAGUUGAGGAAUUUCAUGUGCAUAAUUAUAAAGUAGGGCUCUAUGGGUUUACUAUUAAACUUAUUUCUCGGUUUAAUAAAAGAUGUGGAAGGUGAGUUAAAGAAUGGAAUGCACGGAUGUUGCCAAUGUCAUAUAAAACCUAUGAUAUCAGUGCAUCAUAUUCUUUAACCCACUUACCACAUCUCUUUUUAAACUGAAAUUUGUAAAUAACUAUUAAAGAUUUAGCAAAUAACUCCAACUUUUUUUUCUUUUUUUUUUUAUCAUGAAUGGAGGUCACUUUGCAGAAUUUUGUACGGUAUCUUAUAAAAUCUUGCACACACUCAAUUUUGUAUAUAGUAUUGACCCUAAAAUGACAUGUCACAGGUUGUUAUUUUUUGUAGUUUGCCAGUAGUUGAAACCUGUUGGGAUUUGUGUCUGUAGCAUCAUCAGUCAGCUCUGGAGAAACCUUUCCUAAAUACUGACUAGCAGAAGGUUCUUCUUUCCCAUAAAGAGGUACCUUCUUAUGGUAGCCCUGACCUGUACCUUUUGAGCUGCCUGUGGAUGCCUUGCCUGAUUGUAGGAUGUUUGGGCCAGGGUGGCUAGGACCUUACCUAACCAACAACUGUCCGCUCAGUGCCCUCCCUCCCUCCUUGCACUCUUGGCUUGUUAUUUUUUGGGGGGGCUACCUACUGCAGCCCCAGAAUACACACACUCAUGUACCACUAAUGAUCACUUCAUGCAUUACUUGACACUUUACUCUUACUUUGUCACAAAAACCACUAUAGGCAUAUACAGUACAGUACAGGACUGCAUUCAGACACCUUGCUUCUUUACUUAUUAUAGAUCAUAUAACAAUUAGGUGUUAAGAAUAGGUUAGUAUUAACUAGAUUAAUAAUGAAAAGAUUUGGAAUUAAUAAUGGGCACUUGGGCAGGUUAGGUUAAGUAGUGUGCCAUUAUAUUAAAUGAUGCCAAUGAUGGAUCGCUUUUUUUAAUAAAUAAAAUUUGAGGAUGACUUGCCACUUAUUGCCAAGACUAAAAAAUUUGAGACCACUACAGUAGUGAUAAAAAGAAUUCUAAGUUGUCUGUGCGCAUGCAAUAAUUUUUAUUUGUAUAGUGCAUGGAAUGAGAGUGUGGGACCAAGUGCAAUGGACUGUAAAAUAUGAUGGUUUAGGCAUGUAGGUAUAUCUCGAUUGAGUAUAUACAGUACUUCAUUUGGUGACUUGUAUCAUCUUUAUCUUCUUAAAACAAGGAAAAACUUAAUACUGUACUACAAGAGAAUGUACUUUAUAUUGUGUGUGUGGUGUUCUGGAUUGUGAAUACUGUAUACUGUAAAUGUUGGGUGAGUUGAAUAGGGACAAAAAGGUUGAUAAAAACAAACUUAUUGGUAAAGUAAACUUGUUAAAUAUAUAAGUAAUUGAGAGGAGUCUUUCUUUAGGCUCCCCAUUAUGUCAUGAUUUUUAUCUGAAUUAAGUUUAAGUAAUUAGUGUUUGGGAUGAGGGUAUAUCAGCUUCUAGUAGAGGAAACUUUGUUAUUACAGUAUUUUAAUAAACAAAAACUAAUAUACCGGUAGUACAGUAGUUGGAAAUUUAGGGUAAUAAUAAUAAUUAUCUAAAGGGUGUUGACUUGCAGAGAUAUUCAGUGUUUGGUGGGGGGAUUUUCUUGUCACUUUAAACAAGGCAAGUUGAGAAAUUUUUAUACCCCCAAAUAACUAAUUCUGACGGUGAUAAGUGUGUGAAGGAAAUGCAGUUGAUAAAUGUUUUCUUCGUAAUGAAAUUGGCUGUUUCUCUACAUUUGUCUUACGACAUUCAUCAAGAUUUAAUUUCUGCUACAGAUGGGGGUGAGGGAUGGAGGGUGCAGCUGUGAUCAACUACUAGUGAGACGGACUUUUGCCUGGGUAUUUACAGUAACAUUAAUAAAACUCAAAACUAUCACACAAGCUUUCAUCUCACUGGCUGUUUAAUGUGUAGAAUUCAAUGAAGACUUUAUAUUUGUUAUUGUUGGUAGUUUAUAGUGUGCCUGUGGAAGUACAACAUAUAAGGAUUUUGUUUAGUUUUGUUAUUUACCUGCGUUAACAUCUCAUCCACUUACUCUGGGGCACACACCAUAGCUUUCUUCUUCAGAUUACAUUUUUUAUAAUAAUUCUCAUUUUUAUAAUAAUUCUCAUUUUGUUCUACUUGUUUUUGCACUUAACUCGUUUCCCAAAUUGUGCUUUUCCCCUUAUCUAUAUUUAAUGGAACAGCCCCAAAUAUUUUCAAUCAUUCUAAUGUCUUGUUGCAAAUUGAUGGUAAUUGUUUCACUUGCUUGAUGAUUCGACCAACAUGCAGAAUUUUUGUAUGAAAUGUGGGACUGUACUGUAGAUGGAAACUAAAAAUGAAGUUUUGAAAUUGGUGAUGGGUUUAAAGAAUGUCAAUAUGUGUAUCAAUUUGAGAAGCAGUUAAGAAUAAUUGAAUAUGGUUUAAAAUUUUCAAAUGUCAAAAAACAAAAAAAAAAUCCACUCCCUAUCCUACCAUUUUUAUGUUACCCACGAUAGAAUACACAUGACCCGUCCACCUUCAUGACACAUAUAUUCAACAACUUAAUAAAGGCUGUGUGGAUCGAGUAAAGUUUGUUCUGCAGCUUCUUAUCAUAGUUAUAUAGAAUAAGGUCAAUAAUUGGUAUUUUCAUUAUAUUUAUCUUUAAUUUUGGCUCUGUUGUAAUUGUUUAUUUCAUCUGAAUUAUUAUGGAAUUAUCUUCUGUAUAUACUUAGAUCAUCAUCAUCAAUGGACUGAACAUUAUCAUAUAUAAAAAAAGUCCUCCUGAAAUAUUGUAUUUAUGUAGUCUUUGUCAUUGUGGUUUUUAUACCCCACUGUAGUAUGGAGGGGACAUGUAGUUCUACAACCCUAUCCAUCUGUUGUACAAAAUAUUUCAGUAGAAUUUAAUAAUGGUUAUUGUUCAACUCUGUGAGGGUACAGUGCAGUACUGUAUAUCACCGUUAAGUAAUUUAUAAUAUCUUUGCAUUUUUUAAUUGUUUGGUAAUAGAUAACAAGUGUAUUAACCUUUAUUUUAUUGAAAUAAGGAAAAAAAAAUUAUAACCUUAUUUUGGACAUUUACAGUAUGAUAAUAUUGUGUUCUUGUCUACUGGAAGCUGUAGUGGGUUCAUUUGUUAUUUUUCAAUGGUAAAUCAAAAGGGAACAAGUGAUGUGACUCAACAAAUAAGAAAGACAUUAAAGAUAGGUCAUAUAAGUGUACUACAGUGUACGUACGUAUUCAUAUUUUUUAACUGUCGUGUAAGUUAUGAUUACUACAAUGAUUUAGCUUAAUUUCUCUUAAGUAAUUGUCAUUCUAUUCAUUUAUAUUAUUUAAGGUUUUCAUUCUUAUACAUGAGGAUGGAAAUAAUUUGGGUUAAAAAUCUUCAUAUUUUAUUUGUAUAUAUUGUAUUGUAGAUAAGCUUAGGUAUGGUAGCUGAACCUUAUAUCAAGAGGAACUUGGCAGACUGGUCUAAGGGGCCCUGGUUUUACUGUACUGUACCUGAAGGUGACCUAACAACUAAGAUUAAAGGUCAGUGUUCUUAAUGGUUAGUCCAGGUUGGGGUCUCUCAGAAGCGGUAAACAAUUAGAAGAUAGAAUUAGUGGUGAUAGGUCCUCAACCCCACUCACCCUUAAUGCCUUUUAUAAUAUGGAUUAAAAGGUUAUUCUCUUUUUGUAUUGAUCUUCAUUGUCAGUUCACUAAUUGGUACAACAAAUUAGUAACAUGUUUCAGUACCUGUAGCUUAUAAACUUUCAAAACAUUUCUUUGAGUGCUGUUUGAUGUACAUGAAUUGUGAACUUGUUCUUCGUGUAAUGUUUAUAUCGUAUUAAAUAUUCUUGUGUUGAA